GGGCCCUCCCCCAGCCCGCUGGCCGCCUGCCUCUGCUGCCGGGCCCGCGCCUGCCCCAGACCCUAUAAGGCCUGGUAGCCGAGAGCUGAGCCGGCUGCCAGCUGUGCGCCUGUGGCUCCGAGGGACCCUCACACGCCCCAGCUGCUUACAGUAUCAUUACCAUGUCAGCUCAGGAUGAAGGAGGCCGGGAUCCUCCCAAACCCAAGGGCAAGAUCCUGGGGAGCUUCCUGGGGUCCUUGCCUGGCUUCAGUUCUGCCCGGAACCUGAUGGCCAGCGCCCACGGUUCGGCGAAAGAGGCCCGGCCCGCCGCCGAUCCGGCAGGUGCUUCUGCCCAGCCCGGGAAUGACGCAGCCACCGCCUUGGAGCAGACGGCCAGCGGGGAGAAGCUGCUGCCACCUUCGGACAAGAUGAUCUCUGGGGCAAAGGACCUUGUGUGCUCCAAGAUGACCAAGACCAAGGGUGCCAUCUCCUCCGGGAUGGCCAACAUGGUAGACACAGCUAAAGGUGUGGUGCAGGGAGGCCUAGGCAUGACCCGGUCUGCACUCACGGGCACCAAGGAGACUGUAGCCGGUGGAGUCACCAGUGCAGUGAAUGUGGCCAAGGACACUGUCCAGACUGGUCUGGACACCACCAAGACAGUCCUGACAGGCACCAAAGACACCGUGUGCACUGGGAUGACUGGUGCCAUGAACGUGGCCAAAGGAGCUGUCCAGACUGGAAUGGACACAUCAAAGGCUGUCCUGACAGGCACUAAAGACACUGUGUGUACUGGGAUGACCGGUGCCAUGAACGUGGCCAAAGGAGCUGUCCAAGGAGGUCUGGACACUUCAAAGGCCGUCCUGACUGGCACUAAAGAUGCUGUGUCCACUGGGGUGACAGGGGCCAUGAACAUGGCCAAGGGCACUGUCCAGACUGGUCUGGACACCACCAAGACUGUCCUGACAGGCACCAAAGACACCGUGUGUACCGGGAUGACUGGUGCCAUGAACGUGGCCAAAGGAGCUGUCCAGGGAGGUCUGGACACUUCAAAGAGUAUCCUAACUGGCACCAAAGAUGCCGUGUCCACUGGCAUGACAGGGGCAAUGAACAUGGCCAAGGGCACUGUCCAGACUGGUCUGGACACCACCAAGACUGUCCUGACUGGCACCAAAGACACCGUGUGUACCGGGAUGACCGGUGCCAUGAACGUGGCCAAAGGAGCUGUCCAGACUGGCUUGGACACGUCAAAAGCCGUCCUGACUGGCACCAAAGAUGCCGUGUCCACUGGGGUGACAGGGGCCAUGAACAUGGCCAAGGGCACGGUCCAGACUGGUCUGGACACCACCAAGACUGUCCUGACAGGCACCAAAGACACCGUGGGUACUGGCAUGACCGGUGCCAUGAACGUGGCCAAAGGAGCUGUCCAGACUGGCUUGGACACGUCAAAAGCCGUCCUGACUGGCACCAAAGAUGCCGUAUCCACUGGGGUGACAGGGGCCAUGGACAUGGCCAAGGGCACUGUUCAGACUGGUCUGGACACCACCAAGACUGUCCUGACAGGCACCAAAGACACCGUGUGUACCGGGAUGAUCGGUGCCAUGAACGUGGCCAAAGGAGCUGUCCAGACUGGCAUGGACACAUCAAAGGCCGUCCUGACUGGCACCAAAGAUGCCGUAUCCACUGGGGUGACAGGGGCCAUGGACAUGGCCAAGGGCACUGUUCAGACUGGUCUGGACACCACCAAGACUGUCCUGACAGGCACCAAAGACACCGUGUGUACCGGGAUGACUGGUGCCAUGAACAUGGCCAAAGGAGCUGUCCAGACUGGCAUGGACACAUCAAAGGCUGUCCUGUCAGGCACCAAAGACACCUUAUCUACUGGGCUCACCGGGGCACUGGGUGCAGCCAAGGGCACGGUCCAGACUGGUCUGGACACCACCAAGACUGUCCUGACAGGCACCAAAGACACCGUGUGUACUGGGAUGACCGGUGCCAUGAACGUGGCCAAAGGAGCUGUCCAGACUGGCAUGGACACAUCAAAGGCUGUCCUGUCAGGCACCAAAGAUGCCGUAUCCACUGGGGUGACAGGGGCCAUGAACAUGGCCAAGGGCGCUGUCCAGACUGGUCUAGACACCACCAAGACAGUCCUGACAGGCACCAAAGACACCGUGUGUACUGGGAUGACCGGUGCCAUGAACGUGGCCAAAGGAGCUGUCCAGGGAGGUCUGGACACAUCAAAGGCCGUCCUGACUGGCACUAAAGAUGCCGUGUCCACUGGGGUGACAGGAGCCAUGAACAUGGCCAAGGGCACUGUUCAGACUGGUCUGGACACCACCAAGACAGUCCUGACAGGCACCAAAGACACCGUGUGUACUGGGAUGACCGGUGCCAUGAACGUGGCCAAAGGAGCUGUCCAGACUGGCAUGGACACAUCAAAGGCCGUCCUGACUGGCACCAAAGACACCUUAUCUACUGGGCUCACCGGGGCACUGGGUGUGGCCAAGGGCACUGUUCAGACUGGUCUGGACACCACCAAGACUGUCCUGACAGGCACCAAAGACACCGUGUGUACUGGGAUGACCGGUGCCAUGAACGUGGCCAAAGGAGCUGUCCAGACUGGCAUGGACACAUCAAAGGCCGUCCUGACUGGCACCAAAGAUGCCGUGUCCACUGGGAUGACCGGAGCCAUGAACAUGGCCAAGGGCACUGUUCAGACUGGUCUGGACACCACCAAGACUGUCCUGACAGGCACCAAAGACACCGUGUGUACUGGGAUGACCGGUGCCAUGAACGUGGCCAAAGGAGCUGUCCAGACUGGCAUGGACACAUCAAAGGCUGUCCUGUCAGGCACCAAAGAUGCCGUAUCCACUGGGGUGACAGGGGCCAUGAACAUGGCCAAGGGCGCUGUCCAGACUGGUCUAGACACCACCAAGACAGUCCUGACAGGCACCAAAGACACCGUGUGUACUGGGAUGACCGGUGCCAUGAACGUGGCCAAAGGAGCUGUCCAGGGAGGUCUGGACACAUCAAAGGCCGUCCUGACUGGCACUAAAGAUGCCGUGUCCACUGGGGUGACAGGAGCCAUGAACAUGGCCAAGGGCACUGUUCAGACUGGUCUGGACACCACCAAGACAGUCCUGACAGGCACCAAAGACACCGUGUGUACUGGGAUGACCGGUGCCAUGAACGUGGCCAAAGGAGCUGUCCAGACUGGCAUGGACACAUCAAAGACUGUCCUGACAGGCACCAAAGACACCGUGUGUACUGGGAUGACCGGUGCCAUGAACGUGGCCAAAGGAGCUGUCCAGACUGGCAUGGACACAUCAAAGGCCGUCCUGACUGGCACCAAAGAUGCCGUGUCCACUGGGAUGACCGGUGCCAUGAAUGUGGCCAAAGGAGCUGUCCAGGGAGGUCUGGACACAUCAAAGGCCGUCCUGACUGGCACUAAAGAUGCCGUGUCCACUGGGGUGACAGGAGCCAUGAACAUGGCCAAGGGCACUGUUCAGACUGGUCUGGACACCACCAAGACUGUCCUGACAGGCACCAAAGACACCGUGUGUACUGGGAUGACUGGUGCCAUGAAUGUGGCCAAAGGAGCUGUCCAGACUGGCAUGGACACAUCAAAGGCCGUCCUGACUGGCACCAAAGACACCUUAUCUACUGGGCUCACCGGGGCACUGGGUGUGGCCAAGGGCACUGUUCAGACUGGUCUGGACACCACCAAGACUGUCCUGACAGGCACCAAAGACACCGUGUGUACUGGGAUGACCGGUGCCAUGAACGUGGCCAAAGGAGCUGUCCAGACUGGCAUGGACACAUCAAAGGCUGUCCUGUCAGGCACCAAAGAUGCCGUGUCCACUGGGGUGACAGGGGCCAUGAACAUGGCCAAGGGCACUGUCCAGACUGGUCUAGACACCACCAAGACUGUCCUGACAGGCACCAAAGACACCGUGUGUACUGGGAUGACUGGUGCCAUGAAUGUGGCCAAAGGAGCUGUCCAGGGAGGUCUGGACACUUCAAAGAGUAUCGUGACUGGCACCAAAGAUGCAGUGUCCACUGGGGUGACAGGGGCCAUGGACAUGGCCAAGGGAACCUUUCAGACUGGUCUGGACACCACCAAGACUGUCCUGACAGGCACCAAAGACACCGUGUGUACUGGCAUGACCAGUGCCAUGAACGUGGCCAAAGGAGCUGUCCAGACUGGCAUGGACACAUCAAAGGCCGUCCUGUCAGGCACCAAAGACACCUUAUCUACUGGGCUCACCGGGGCACUGGGUGUGGCCAAGGGCACGGUCCAGACUGGUCUGGACACCACCAGGACUGUCCUGACAGGCACCAAAGACACCGUGUGUACUGGGAUGACCGGUGCCAUGAAUGUGGCUAAAGGGGCUGUCCAGACUGGCUUGGACACGUCAAAAGCAGUCCUAACUGGUACAAAAGAUACAGUGUCCACUGGGGUGACAGGGGCCAUGAAAAUGGCCAAGGGCACGGUCCAGACUGGUCUGGACACCACCAAGACUGUCCUGACAGGCACUAAAGACACUGUAUGUACUGGGAUGACCGGUGCCAUGAACGUGGCCAAAGGAGCUGUCCAGGGAGGUCUGGACACUUCAAAGACUAUCCUAACUGGCACCAAAGAUGCCGUAUCCACUGGGGUGACAGGGGCCAUGAACAUGGCCAAGGGCACUGUCCAGACUGGUCUGGACACCACCAAGACUGUCCUGGCAGGCACCAAAGACACCAUGUGUACUGGGAUGACUGGUGCCAUGAAUGUGGCCAAAGGAGCUGUCCAGGGAGGUCUGGACACUUCGAAGACUAUCCUAACUGGCACCAAAGACACCCUAUCUACUGGGCUCACUGGGGCAUUGGGUGUAGCCAAGGGCACGGUCCAGACUGGUCUGGACACCACCAAGACAGUCCUGACAGGCACCAAAGAAACAGUUUCCACUGGACUCUCAGGAGCAGGGAGUGUGGCCAAAGGGGCAGUGCAGACCAUCCAGAGUUGGUUACCAGGUACCCAGGAUACCGUCUGGAGUGGACUCACCAGUUACAGUGGCCCAGACAAAGGAGGGAAACAAACCAUCCUGAGACCCCUGGAGGCUCUAUCCUCUGGAGUAGCCAGUGCCCCAGACACCCUGUGUGCAGGCCUGGACCUUGCCAGGGAAGCCACCGCUGUGGCAACAUUCACUCAAGGGGCCUCGCCGGGCAGGGAGGAUGCAGGGCCUGCAGCCACCACAUGUGUCCCCGAAGGAGCCAUGAGCUUUGCAAUGCUCGGGGCUGAGCUGGGGAAACUGGGGGAUAUUUUCUACCCCAUGGAUGCCAAGGAGCAAGCUCAGCUUGCUGCCUCCGAACCUGGGCCAAAGGUACUCACGGCCGACCAGGGCAGCUACUUUGUGCGUCUGGGUGACCUAGCCCCUGGCUUCCGCCAGCGGGCUUUUGAGCAUGCCCUGAGCCACCUGCAGCACCGCCAGUUCCAGGCCAGGGGCGCGCUGGCCCAGCUGGAGGACUCCUUCCAGGUGAUUGAAAAGGCCAAGCAGGCUCCAGAAGACCAGUCAUGGCUGGACCAGAGUCCGAGCAGCAGACUGGAAGAAGGCAUUCCCCAAGAGGUGCCGGACUCCGGGGCUCUGUCCAGGGCCUGCAGCCUCAUCCAGCAGCUCCACGUGGCCUACAGCUCCCUGGCCUCCGGCCUCCAAGGCCUCCCCUCUGAGCUCCAGCAGCAGGUCGGGCGGGCGCGCCACAGCCUCUGUGAGCUCUACAGCCUCGUCUCCUCGGCCAGCUCCGUGGAAGAGCUGCCGGCAGAGCGCCUGGCCCAGAGCCGCGGGGCUGUGUGCCAGGCAUGGCGGGAGCUGGAGCAGCUGCUGGAGAGUGUGCAGCACGGCCCACCGCUCUGUUGGCUGGUGGGGCCCUUUGCCCUGCACCCCACUGGGCAGCAGCUGUAGGUCCCUCCUGCCCACAGAGCCCUCUGCCGAGCCUUCUCUCCAGCCCCCACCAACUCCCUAAAGGCCGGACCCUACAGGCUGGUGCUGCCUGGCACCAGCAGGAGCACCAACUACUGGAGUUCGGCCGUGUGCACACCCAGCUCUGGCCCUACCUAUGCCGUCUACCCUUUCCUCCCAAGGACCCCUGGGCCUUCUCCUGGCCUAGGGGCCCAGGGCUGCUAUGACUGCUGACAGAGGGCCUUUGCCUGAAAGUCUCAACCAAGCACUCCAAUUAGGAAAGAGAAGUGGAAACAUGCCUAGGUCUAGAAGGUUCUCCAUUCAGCAGCCUCCAUUAGGAGCCCCUUUAUCUUUGGGGCACCCCAGUCUGGGUCCAUCCUGGGCUCCUGGAGCUUUGUCCUCACCCCAGAAGCAUACACCCUGGCUCUCAGCAACCAUGUUCUGUUAUACCAGAAAGUACCAGAAUAUUACUGUCACCUGGCGGCAGGCUCCUACCGCCUCUGCUGAUGCCCGGUGUGGCCGAGGGGCUCUGAGUGUGAUGCUGCAGCAGCCACCAACUAUGCCUAUGCACUGGCCCAGCUGGGGGACCAGACUGGGGGGCCCUGCCGCCUCAGCGCAUCCCCCUACCCCGCCCUGCGCUGAUGUUUUGUGGUCCCAAAGGCCCCUGGGCUGAGGCUAAGGAAGGAGAGGGCUUCCCCAUGGGGUGGGAGUGGGGCCCCAAGGGUAAUGAGAUAAAAUAUGCUCAACAUGGUCCCACGCUCAGCCCAGGCUGGAGAAUAGGGGCUAGGACGCCUGCAGCAUCCCCUCCUUCCUGGCCACACUGUCCCCAAACGCCCAGGGAAGCCACGUGAGAUGGAUGGCACGUGGGGAAGCUGAGGUGCUCCCUCACUGGGCUUCACCUGUCCUCCAGCUGGGGAGAACCCUGUCAGGCAAGCCCUGCUUCCUGGAACCAUAUCCCACCUACAACUCCUGCAUUAGGCCACCUCCCUCCCUUAAGGGGACUUGAGGUGCCUUCAUACCACCCUCUUCUCAGAAAUGACUGGGGGCUCCAAGCUCAGGACGAGAGGCCAGCCUUCCCCAAAGGGCUGCUGUUGGCUCCUGGGAGCCAGCGGUGGUGAAACCAGCAGGGGGCGGGGGGGGGGGGCAAGUCAGAAAGCCCCUCAGGCUUGUCCCUCCUCAGUCUCCACCACAGGUGGAGGCGCUGGGCACACAGUCAUUCACACAAACUGAGCACAGUGACUGGAGCUUAUAUCCAGCCAGACCAAACAGGGGAUGCCAGGCCCAGGAAGUGCCACACUGCACCAUGACCUCGGCUGAGAUGGAGGCACUUGGCCAGGGGCAAGGUGGAGGACACACAGUGGACACCACCGUUUAACCAGCAACUGCCGUGUGCAGGUACCUGGCUGGGAGCUGCACACAGGUCUGUCUGCCGACCCUGGGUUCACUUUACAGGUGAGGAAUGAGAAGCUCAGAAUGGGAGUGCCACUUGUCCAAGGUCACAGAGCAAGACCUGCCCCCAACACUCACACCCUCUGAAUGGCAAGGACAACGGCUAGCUCACAGCAACCCCGAAGCCUGAAUGGCUUGAGUGCCCCUGAGCUGCUGCUUCGGGGGCCCCAGAACCACCUGCAGCCUGGGUAGGAACAGGAAUGGGAGCAAGGCUCUGCAAGACUGUCUGGGGUCAAACCACAGCCUCCACUUGAGGAUGCAUUACGUCUGAAAAGGCCUCCCCCCUCCCCUCUCCCCUCUCCUUCACCGUCAGCCCUGCAGGCCCAGACCCAGCAAGGGCAGUGUCAGAGCAUUUGCUGUGAACAGUGACCUUGUGGCUUAAACCCUUUGUCCCUGGACGAGCCCUGGACAGCUGUACCAGCAACACUAGAAAAUCGAGCCAAUAAAAGUGACUUUCAUUAAAAAAA